UGACGGACGCGUCUGUCCGCGCUCACGGGUCGAGUUGCGCAGUUUCACGAUGCCUCUGCCGCAGCAGCUCCGAGACGAGAGUGAUUUCGACCAGCUGCCUAAUAACGUCCCGAUCAGCGCCACCAUCGCUGAUAUUGAGGAGAAGAAAGGUUUCAUCGACUACUUUAGAUUUGUGAUUGAGGUGAAGACGAAAGGAGGGAGCAAGUAUCUGAUCUACAGGAGGUACCGAGAGUUUUUCAACCUGCACCAGGUCCUGGAGUCCAGGUACUCGCCUGAAGACCCAGAGAAACCUGCUCCCAACACCUGCAUCCUGCCGUCUCUGCCAGGAAAAGUCUUCAUCGGCAACAAGCAGGAGAUCGCAGAGAGCAGAAUCCCUGAGCUCAACACGUACAUGAAGGGGCUUCUGGGUCUGCCGAUAUGGCUCCUGCUCGACGAGGCUCUCCGGAUGUUUUUCUACCAGACGGAACGGGACAGCAAACAUCAACCUCUGGCCCUCAGGCGUCUCCGUCCACCGACCCGCAGAGUAAAAACCGUCAAACCGAAGAUGGACCUCUUCUCCUCCCCGAGGGCAGAGGCGAUGUUUGACUUUCGCGGCAAUGGCAAGGCGGAGUUGAGCCUGAAGAGGGGAGAGGUGAUCUUCCUGCUGCGACGAGUCAACGCCGACUGGCUGGAGGGCACAGUGAACAAUCAGACGGGCAUUUUCCCAGAAUCCUUCGUGAAGAUCAUAAAGCCCCUCCCAGAGAGUGAAUCAGAAGGUGAAGGCGGAGCUCAAACCUACAGCUGUCUGCGCUGCUUCCUGUUCACCCCCUCUGGAGUCGUCACCAGAGAUGUGUGUGUACAGGAGGACCUCACCAUCCAGCCAACAUACAAGGACUUACUGUCUCGUAUGAGAAACGUCUUCAAGGAGGACGACAUCGCCGUGAACUACCGCGACCCCGAGGGCGACCUCAUCCGCAUCCUGGACGACGAGGACGUCCAACUGAUGAUCAAGGAGAGCAGGGUUCAGAAAGUCAAUGCCAAGAGACCUGUCAAUCAGUUUCCAUGGGAACUGUAUGUGACCUUCACCUCUGACCUCUCGGUUUACAACACCCAGGCCUGAGAGAGAAGGGCUGAGGUUCAUUCAAGGGAGGUAGAGAAACUACUUGGCACUGAGAGUUAAUGUCCUUUACAUUUCACAUUUCUACUAAUUUAAUGAUCAUCUUUAAGUUCUUAGCUUUAGAUUUGUUCUUACGCUGCAGAAGCAGAGCAGCACCGGGCUUGUUGUAGAAGUAAAAUCAAGCCUGAAGAAAAAAUCUCAGAGUACAGAACAUUCGGUGUAUAAAACAAAUAAUAAUACUCCAAACAGUUCAGAGGUUUGCUGACUGAGCUUGAAGCUACUUUAUACUUCUUUAUCUCUUGUUAAU